GGUUUUCAUCUCAUCAAAGAUUCCCAAUUAUCUAUCUAUCCAGGCACACAAACUGCCCUUGUAAUUGAACAAAGAAGUUAGAAAAAGCACUCAACAGCUUUGAUAUGAGCUCUCAUAAGCUUUGAACUAUUUUUUAUUUAUUUAUUUACCAGUUGUUGCUUUGUACUUUUAAGUAGAGUGGUGGUGGCGGCCAAGAUGAGCAGCUAAGUUAGACAGCGUCAAGCAUACAUGGCAAGAUCAAGAGUUUGCAACAUGUUCAUGGAUGCAACAUUUUCCCAUCUUCUUCUUCUUCUUCUUCUUCUUUUUCUUUUGGCAGUCUCAGAUGUUAAUGGUGUUGCAUCACAUUCGAUCAUAAAGAGCCUACCGGGCUUUCCAGGAAACCUACCUUUCAAACUUGAAACUGGGUAUGUGGGUGUGGGUGAGGUGGAGGAGAUACAGUUUUUCUAUUACUUUAUUGAAUCUGAAACAAACCCUGAAGAUGACCCUCUUGUGCUUUGGCUAACCGGAGGCCCUGGUUGUUCUGCUUUCUCAGGUCUUGUAUAUGAAAUCGGUCCUUUACUAUUCGACUAUGCCAACUCUAAUUGGAACUCACCGACUUUAACACUGAACGAGUACUCAUGGACAAAGAUCGCCAACAUAAUAUUUCUAGAUUCACCGGUGGGUACAGGGUUCUCGUAUGCAACCACUUUGCAGGCAUAUAACACCUCAGAUACUUUAUCAGUAGCAGCAAACUAUGAUUUUCUUAGAAAGUGGCUUUUGGCUCACCCAAAGUACCUCAAAAAUCCUCUUUAUAUUGCUGGUGACUCUUAUGCAGGCAUUAUUGUCCCAGUCCUUGUUCAGGAGAUAGCUAAUGGCAAUGAAGUUGGGCUAAAGCCAUCAAUGAACCUGAAGGGUUAUAUGCUUGGAAAUCCAGGUACAACGUUACAUGAUGACUAUAAUUCAAGGAUUGAAUUCAGUCGUGGAAUGGCACUCAUAUCAGAAAAACUCUAUCAGUCAGCUAAGAGGAAUUGCAAAGGAGAAUUUAUCAAUAUUGAUACAAGCAAUAAAUUGUGUGUAAAUGAUAUGGAAGUUAUCCAAGAGUGCUUAAAAAAGAUAAAGCACCCACAUAUAUUGGAACCUUGGUGCGAGCAUAUAUAUUCCCCCAGUCCAAAGAGAUUAAAAUGGUAUCAAAGAUCUCCAAUUACAGAGGAUUCCUUGGAUAUCUUAUCUUCAGUUUCUCAACCUCCAAAUAAUAAUCAACUUAAAGGGUGUAGAGACUAUAACUAUAUCUACUCUUACACUUGGGCUAAUGAUCAAAAUGUUCAGAAUGCUCUUCACGUUCGGAAGGGGAGCAUAAACCAAUGGAAGAGAUGUAAUAAGAAUUUAUCGUACAUAAAAGAUGUCCCGAGUUCUUUCGAUUAUCAUCGAAAUCUGAUCGAUAAACACUAUCGAUCACUAAUUUACAGUGGUGAUCAUGAUAUGUUAAUUCCCCAUGUGGGUACUCAUGCAUGGAUAGAAGCUCUGAAUUUGACUAUUGCUGCUGAUUGGAAACCAUGGUUCAUUGAUGGACAAAUUGGAGGGUACACAAUGCAAUACUCAAAUGAGAAGUACCAAUUGACAUUUGCAACUGUAAAGGGAGCGGGUCAUACAGCUCCAGAAUAUAAGCCAAAGGAAUGCCUUGCCAUGAUUGAGAGAUGGUUUUCUGAUUAUCCUCUCUGAAAAUCAAGCUCUUGAUGAAAGAAAAAUUGUUUGUCAUUGUUAAUCUUGACUCUCCAAAUUAAUUAUGUUGUUCAAAAUGACCACCAUGGAGCUGGAUUUUAUUUUUAUUUUUUAUCUUCUUUUGCAACUUGUUAUAUAUUAAAAAAUCUGUUAUACUUCCUCAAACACAACUCCUUUUAUUCAUAUUAAUGUAUGGAUCCCAUCUCUUUAUGAAAGAGAAGGGUUAUGCUUCCAAAAA